AUGCGGUUUUGGCCUCGAUUUCGUUCAGCUCGAGUCAGAGGUCAUAGCCUCGAUCUCGCUCUCGCUCUCUCCUUCAAAAUGGUGUCGAUGAAUAUCCCAAACGAAUAUGGCUAUGUUGUUCUCACAUCUGUUGCCUCUGGCGUGAUGAUGGUUUACUUAGGGUUAAACGUGGGAAAAGCACGGAAACUCUACAAAGUAAAUGUAUGUACAUAUGUUAUGUCUGCCUUUGGUCAAUAAUGAUCGAAUAUAGUUCUGGCGAAGCAAAUGUUAGCUUUGAAAAAGAGCGCGAUGCAGUAUCUGUUUACGAUAGUCGUGAUGGACCGCACGUGUUAAUACGAACCAUCCAUAUGAAAAGAGAUUUCUCGUUUUACACGGGUAAUAUUGCAGUCUAGCACUGCACGUGUGGAGUGCAUUUCGAUCAUAAAUGAUUAUGACAAUUUCAGGUGCACUCUGUAUAUUUCAAUAUGUAGAUCCAAGUCCAUCCAGUGGUAAAUAUGCAUAUCGAAAGAAAUCAAUAUAUUUCUUCUUGAACUUUUAUGAAGAAAAAACUCCAUUUAUUGUUGGUGACAACUUCAGGAGACGCAGUUGACACCUGUCAAAACUUCUUUGAGAUAUAAACUUGUCAAGAAUUCAAACAAAGUUUAUUCCAUGUGCGAUAAUUCCUUUUGUUAUUAUUUAUUUAUACUCUUCAUCCCAAGCUUACCAUGUAAGGUUACAUCCAUUGUUAUCUUGAUUGACUUGGUGUCUGCAACAGAUAAUAGUGGAAAUUGUUCUAUUUAAAAAGUCACCCUAAUGUUUAGAUCACUGAAAGAAAGGAAAUCUCCCUAAUUUGUUUUGCUACAUUCUUGUGAAAACAAUUGAAAAAGGGUCUUUAGUAUGAUUGAGGGUGUAUUGCACAAUUUAUGCCAAAUUGAAAUUGACUGGUGUGAAAUUGGUGGUUUUUGUAGAUUUGUUUUCAACAUUGAUUUUUAUCUUUAUUUACUCUCCAAAUAAUGAAUUUUGUCCUAGAAUUUGGUUUUCAGAGCAAAAAUGAAUAGCAGUUAGUGUGACAAACCCAAACUUUUUGUGUUGAAAUCCACUGAAAAUAGUUUCAAAGCUGUACUGACCAGUGUAAACAAACCAAAAAAAUAUAUUGCAAAACUAUAAAAAAUUCAUUUAAAGCUGUUAAAAUGUUAUUUUGCAUUUUGUCAAAAUAAAGGUGUCAAGAAACUGUUGAAUAUGUUUUUACCUUAAAACUAGCACAUUGCAUUUCAACCAAGAGUUUAUACCUGAAAGAAGUAUUUUUUCAUUUGCAAUAUAGUUCCACCCUCUUAACAUAAGGGCUUUUCAACCAACUGACAAGCAUACAUCUAGUCAACUUUUAAGCUAAUUCAACAUCAUAAUAUCUUUUGGAGAAAAGUUAUUAUACAAUGUUACAAAUUUUAUCCAUGGCACUUUUAUCUCUUAUUUGGACAGAAUUGAUAUUGGGUAAUGUGUCUGUUCUGUAAGCACGGUUUCAGAAUAACAGUAAAGAUGUACAAUAAUAUCAAUUAAACAUGGACAGAAAAGAUGACCAUAUGUUACAGAGGGAAAUCCAAUAUCUUUUUUGGUUUUGUUUUGUUGUUGUUUUUUUAAUCCUUUCCAGAAAGCUACUUGUUAUUGUAUAUAACAAGAAGUGUCAACUUGUUCUGUGGAAUAGCCAAUAUCUAAUUUGCUGUAUCAUACGCAAAGCAAUUUUUAUUGAAAAUGAAAAUUUCUGACUUGGGAUAGUUUCCUUUGAAACUUGAAGUUCACUCUGCUUACAUCCACCAAAUUUGCUUUUGCCUUUUGCUUGCCAAGCCAUUCCAGUCAACAGUAUCGAUGAGUACAUUGCUUAAUUGAUUCACUGAUAACUUUAUUUAUUCAUGUUUAAAAAUUCCUUUAGCAAGAUUUAUGUGUAAAACAUCUAAUUCUACCUUGCUAAUCUAAAUAAUAAAUUAAGAUAAAACCUAUUAUGUCUUCCGGCUGCUUUUCAAUUGUGCUGUGUCUCAUUUGGAGCUGUGGUGUCAUAGUUUGCAUUUAAAUUUAUUUAAGGAAGCUACAGUAUACAGAUCUUGGGACAGCACUUUUGUCAGAGAAACUUCUUCUAAACUAAUUGAUUUGGGCUGUGGAAGAGCCAAUUUGUGUUUUGAAUUCCUCAAUUGGUAAGAAGACUGAGUCAUUUUGAAAUACAAAUCAAGAUAUUAGAUAUUGGAUAAAGUCAUUUUUGUAGAUUCUUGUUCAUCAUAAUGGAUGGAGCUACUCCCCUGUAAUGAUUGAGUUUUUGCCAACCUAGUGCCUGGAAUAACUUAUUGAUAUCAUUUCCACUGCUUGCAAGCAUUAGAAUAUGAGCUACAAGAUUUUGGAGCUUCUGCAGCUUUUCAGGAAAUUAAGGCAAAUACUGCAGUUGCCCCAAACAACAUCGCAGUAACGAAAAUGUGGUGGGUUUAAACAAUUGUACACAUGUAUUAUAAGGAAUAAGAUGCCAUAUUCUUUUGAUUGCACCCAAAGCAGAGCCAAUGUUUUUACAGAUACUCUGUAUGUGACUUUCCUAGUGUAAGUUUUUGAUCAAUACAAUAAGAACAAUAUUUGAUAUUUAUAUUGUACAUUUUCUUUUAAAAGCAAUCAAAGGCACAUUACAAACAUUACAAUAAAUACAAAAUAAGAACCUAUUUACAAUCACCAUAAAAUCAAAGACAAAAACUACACUAUUACAAUUGGCUAUAAGAAAAGCAUAUAAAAAUCUAAAUAUAAACUAAUUUUACCAACAAAAUGCCGUGCUGAAUAAAAAUGUCUUAAGUUUUUGUUUAAAAUCUCUUUUGGUGCAAGCAGAUCUAAUGCUUAUGGGAAGACUGUUGCAAAGCUGCUGGGCUGCUGCCAUGAAUUCCCUCAUUAUUUUGCUGUAAAUCAUAAUGGGAUGGUGUUAAAAAAAAAUUAAAUCAUUGAGAUAUUUAUCAAAGAAUACCCAUGGCCAACUUGUCGUAGAAAUCAAGAAAUGAAACAUGUUUGUGAACUUGCAAUUAGUGGUCUUGAUGAAUCAUUUAAGGUUGGUCUUGUGGUGCAAAGCCAAUGCUUUAUUUGUCCACUUUUCCACACAAAAAUAUUGGUGGAUGAGGCUAGGUUGAGUGAGAUAUUUGUUUAUGCAAACUUUGCCAUGGCAGGCAUAACUGAGUAGGAAGCAGGUAGAAUUUCAGUAUUUUUCUGUUCAUUGUUGUGCCUAAUCUUUUAUGCAAUUUCAAAGAUCAGAGUUGUUAUUACUUUCAAUAAGGGAUGAAUGUUACAAAGUAAAAUCACCAACAAAUGGGUGACAUAUUGCUUGUGUUCCAUUAGUGAUAUAAUGAUUAUUACACAAUAAUUUGUAGUAUAUUAGGAGCACAAGCGUAGCAGUUGCAUCUUCACUCCCAUGACAUAACUUGCAAUCUUAAUUGAGUACACUAGUUGUUUUAUUUAUAAAAAUGUUUACCAUGUUACUUUAUCUUUGAAAUGGGUGAAGUAGUUAGCAAUCAUUGUGUGGGUUUGCUUAACCAACUCAAAAUCAAUAUGAUAUCAAGUGGACAAAAGAUGAUAAUAAAGAAAUAUAUCCAAAGGGGAUCAAUAGUUGAUCCAAUACCAAAUUUUCGAAAUCAACAUCUUAAGAGCUGUAUGGUAGACAGUAAGGAGACUUACUAAUAAGAUAUUGGGAGUGAAAGGGUUAAUACUCCCAAUACAGAGGAGAUAUAGCAGUUUUCUUACAAGGACUGUCACAUUAGUAUCUUGCACAUGCUCAGUUUAUUCCUGUAUUGGAUUGUUACAUUAGUGUCUCGCACAUUCUUAGUUUAUUCCUGUAAUGAAUUGUUCCGUUAGUGUUUUGCCCGUUCUUAGUUUUCUCCUGUAAUGAAUUGUUAUGUUGGUGUCUCAUGCAUUCUCAAUUUUCUUUGGAAAUGGAUUGUUACAUUAGUGUCUUGUGCAUUACAAACAUUACAAUAAAUACAAAAUAAGAACUUAUUUACAAUCACUAUAAAAUAAAAGACAAAAACUACACUAUUACAAUUGGCUAUAAGAAAAGUAUAUAAAAAUCUAAAUAUAAACUAAUUUUACUAACAAAAUGCCUUGCUGAAUAAAAAUGUCUUAAGUUUUUGUUUAUAAUCUCUUUUGGUGCAAGCAGAUCUAAUGCUUAUGGGAAGACUGUUGCAAAGCCCCUGGGCUGCUGCCAUGAAGCAUCAAUCCCCCAUGGUAGCUUUGGGGUGCUCUUAAGAAUGCCCUCAUUAUUUUGCUGUAAAUCAUUAUGGGAUGGUGGUAAAACAGAAAUUAAAUCAUAGAGAUUUUUAGGAGCUGAGCAAACUAUAGACCUAUCAGUAAUCAGUUUAAAACAGUGUGAUCAAAAGGAUUUUAAAUUGUCGGAACUUGAUACAAUAGUCUAACAGACUGGUUAGGUCCUUUUCAUUCUUGUCCUUUUCUGUUGUUAUUUAGAUAAAAGAAUUUUUUUUUAAUGACCAUAAAACCAGGAGCCCAAAUUUUUUUCUGAGUAUAUGGGAAUUACAUCAAUGUGUCAACCUUAGUACCACUAACAGACACUUUAGAUAGCUGAUUUGAUCACCAUGUUAAAUAAUGAAUGAACAUCAGUUUGAAAAAACUGUAUAACUAUCUAAAGCUGAGUUUGAAGCCUUGCUUUAUUUGGUGGACUAGGAAAAUCUGACAUCAAGACUGUACAUAAAAAUCUAAAUAUAAACUAAUUUUACAAACAAAAUGUCUUGCUGAAUAAAAAUGUCUUAAGUUUCUGUUUAAAAUCUGUUUUGGUGCAAGCAGAUGUAAUGCUUAUGGGAAGACUGUUGCAAAGCCGCAGGGCUGCUGCCAUGAAGCAUCAAUCCCCCAUGGUAGCUUUUGUGAAAUGCUUUGGGGUGCUCAGAAGAAUUCCCUCAUUAUUUCGCUGUAAAUCAUAAUGGGAUGGUGAUGGAGUAAAAUAAGGAGUUUGAAAAGAAGCUGAGUCUGAAGCCUUGCUUUAUUUGGUGGUGUAAGAAAAGCUGACAUCAAAACUGUUGAUGUUGAAGGUAUCCUUACCUCAUGACUAGGAAGCAUGUAAAUGUACCUGUAACAAAUUCAAAUUAAUUAUUGUCCCCCUCAAGUCACAUAUAAAUCUUGGUGCUUCUACUGAAUAGCCAUCAUCAUUCUCUUGCCCAUUUAAUCUAUAUUGUAUGAGAAGAAAAUCACAUCAUUUUUUAAAUGCAUGUGUACUUUUCCUUCAACAGUACCCUAAGAUGUAUGAUGACAGCAAGCCUAUUUUCAACUGCUAUCAAAGGGCACACCUGAACACGUGAGUGUGUACCCAACUUCUCACUGAAACUUGUGGAAGUGUUAGUAAGACUUCAACUGAAUACAUACAUACAUACAUGACCUUUAUUUAAGUGUCUAAUUGUUCUAGUGCCUAUUGGCACUAAUUGGGGACACCUUUAAGACUAAAAAAUCUAAUUAAAAACUAUGAAUCUUAAAAGCAGGAAAAUAACAUUAUUCAGACUAAGUACUCUUCUACACUUUAAAACUAAGUUACAAUUUUACUCUAUAACACUUUGAAGCAGGGUGCUGAAUUCACAAUGUAAUAUAUGAGCUCGAACACUAAAAAUGAAUAUGUAUAAAUAUGCGUACGUCAAGUUAACCUAAGCAUAAGCGACAUUCACUCCCACAUCCUUCGAGAAAUGAUGUUAUAUCCUUCUUACGUAUAGUUGUCCUAAAAGUUGCCAAAGUUCCAAUAUUUCUCUCUUCCUUGCUUAAUUUUGACCACAAUUGUGGUCCAAGAAAUCUAAGGGAAUGUCUUCCAUAAGUAACACUUUUAAACCGAGGUAAGACAAAAUCUGCAUUUCUUAGGUUGUAUCCCUUAUUAUUAGUAUUCUCAUCGUUGAUAUUAAAAAUGUUUGCAAUUUCGUUCGUUGUUAAUUUGUUUUUAACUUUAAACAUCAAAAUUAGUAUAUCCUGCAACCUCCUAUUUUGCAAAGUAGUUAAUUUAGCUCUUUUUAGUAAGGCGUCAUAACUUUCGGCAGUAGUAUUAUACACUAAUCUUAAGGCUCUUUCUUGUAGAUGCUCCAAUUUACGAUUAUCAGAUGCUGUGCAAAAAUGCCACACUAGGUGGCAAUAAGUAAGGUGUGGCAUGAUAGCUGAUUUGUACAAAAGUAACUUGGCAUUUACUGGGAUAAGAUUUUUAAGCCUUCUUAAAACUCCGAUCUUACAGGCAACUUUCUUAUAUACACUACGUAAAUGAUCUUUAAAGUUUAGGUUUUCGUCUAGGGUUACACCUAGGAUCUUGAUGGGUUGUGACUGUUCAACUUUUUUGCCACUUAUAUCCAGAUCAGUGUUCCUUUCACCUUUUGGAUUUCCCAAAACCAUAGCUUGGUAUUUAUCGCAAUUGACCUUUAAAAGAUUAUCUUGAUACCAUUUAGUCAUCUUCUCUCCAUUGUCCACCAGUAUCUUCUCCACUCUUUUCAUUGUUUCAUGUGCUACAAAGACCUGAUGGUCAUCCGCAUACAUCGAGACAUUGGCAUCUGAUAUUAUGUUAGGCAAAUCGUUCUGGAAAAUAUUCCACAUAAGUGGUCCAAAUGUGCUUCCCUGUGGACAUCCUCUCUUCAUCACAACCCAGUCGCUUAUUACAGAACCUAUCCUUACUCUAUUCUCUCUUCUUUGAAAAUAUGAUUGUAUGAGCUGUAUGGCUUUGUCAGAGAAAUUGUAGGCUUGCAGUUUAUUUAAGAGUAACUGAGAGCUAAGAGAGUCAAAAGCCUUGCUCAUAUCUGAUGACAAUAUACCGACAAUUCUCUUGCUAUAUAGUUCUGCUCUCCAUGUUUCAGUCAGCAUUAUCAGCGUGGUCUCACAGCUAUUCUUUGUACGAUAGGCAGUGAUAGCAUCACUGAGUCUGUCAUCCAUAAAUUUACUGACUUGUUGGCCUAGCAAUAUUUCAUAGACUUUAUUUACGCAUGACAGCACCGUGAUAGGUCUAUAGUUUGUAUCCCUUUGUUUGUCAUCCUUCUUAUGUACCGGUAUCCAUUCUCCAUGCUUGAGCUUUGCUAUCCAUUCUCCAUUUCUAAUUGCUUGGUUAAAAAUCACAGCAAGAGACGAAGCUAACUCAGUGGCGCCUACUUGAAUGAGAAUGAGAGUGCUCUUGUAAAAUAUGCUUUGGUUAAAAUUUUUUCCUGCGUGGAACUUUUUCAAAAUAGUUUGAUUUUAUAUUUUUCUCUGUUUUUGUGAUUUAAUGAUAGAUUUAAGAUAAUGAAAAAUGAAAAUUCAAUUAGUUUGAAACAUUUUAAACCUAGGCAAAAUGGGUGACAAAAUUUCCCCAUUGUCUUAUCAUCAUAAAUUUUCAAGGUAUUUAUGACCUAUGCAGAGCUAUCUGUCACCCUAUAGUACACUCCAUAGAUUGGUCAACAUGCUGUGUCAAGCAGUUUAGACUGGCAAUUAGAAGGAAAAAAUUAAAUGGCUUGUCUGGCUGGUUGUGCAAUAACUCAGAAAAUCUGCCUUUCAAAAUGAGUCAUAAUUUUUUUGAUCAUCUGAACACUCGAUUGUUUCUUCCCAUGUUAAGUGUAAUUUGCUCCAGCAGUGAAGGUUUCCUUUUGCACACUUUUCUCCAAAUAAACUUAUAUGCAUACUUAUCAUAGCCAUUACAAUUUCUUCAAAUGCGUUUGGUGUAUUAGCUGCUUUAUUUUUCACUUAUCAUUCUGUACAGUUGUAAUUGGUCAGUGUAAUUGGAUAGUUGGCUGUGAUUGGACACCUGAAAUUGGACAUAUGAAGCAGCCUCUCAUACUAAGUCCUCUCAGCUAAAUCUACCAAUCACAGAAUUGAUCACAAUAACCAUAGAAACAAUCACUUAUCCUGAAAAAAAACAACAAACAAACAAACUGGGGAAAGUUCCAAAAUGGAGGAAUUUUUAACUUUACACAUUUCCUCUACCCAAUAUGUUUGUCCUAAGUGUAUUUGUUUGUUUUUUUGUAAUGGUUAUGAUUAAUCGGUAACAGGAUUUUGUGUCACCCAAUUCUGUCUGUAAUCAUACUCAUGAUUGACAAAUUGGACUCCCACUUUGCAGUUGUCUGAUUUUGUUAAUGACUUGUAUGAUUAUAGACAGAAGUGGAUUCCACUUGGUCCUAUUACCAUUAUUAAAACUGCUAUUACUGCUGCAACUUUCUCUUGUAUCAUGCAUUUUUGUCCACAUAGUUCAAAAUAACAAUUCCAAAAAUCCAUUAAGAAAGUUUUACAUGCUGUACAGUUGUUCACUGGAAGGUGAUUCUUAAGUAAGAGAUGUUUGAUGAAUUAUUAUUUGUUCUCUUGCACUUGUCAUUUAUUUAUUUCAAUUCAGUUUUGAAUAUCAGGCCCCAUUUGUGUAGUGCAUUGCAGGAUGUGCAGUGCAGUGUAACACUAGGAAAUUGCCUUGGUUAUUCAGAACACAUGGAGAUUUUAAAACAAAUUUUACACUUUAAAACAUUUCAAUUAAUUCUUUACUCUAGGGUUGAAGUUUAUCCCCAGUUCUUGCUUUUUCUGUUGCUUGGAGGAUUGGAACAUCCUGUAAGUUUAGAAAUCAUUAUUUGUUCGGGAACACUAGAAUGAAAUAUUUGGUAGGGUAAAUUGACAGGGGUAGUCCAGAUUAAAGUUGAAGGACCCAGUAAAUGCAAUUUUUUUUCUACUAUGAAUCGGAAUAAAGAUAUAUAUUUAAAUUAAAAAUACUUGUUUAGUUACCAUCUGAUAUGGGUAGCAUACCCUUUUAUCACUGUUUGUCUAUGAAUGAUAUAACAUUAACAGAAAAUGUCACCAGAAAAACAAAAAAUACUGGUACAUUCUUUGAAAUAAUGCAACCAUGCUCUAAUUUCGUUAUUUGUUAUUUUUGUAGGUGUUAACUUCUGCAGCAGGACUUGUCUGGAUUGUUAGUAGAUUCUUCUAUGCCCAUGGAUACUACACUGGAGGCAAGUAAUACAUUCUUGUAAUGUUAAAUUUCUAACUUGCAGCACUGGUGUACUGAAAACGGAAAUCCUUGAAGAAAUCAGUGGCAAAGAAGUUAUCAUGGUAUAUCUAGUCAAAUUAAUGGGCUAUAUGUUCAUGGAUAAGUGGAUUUCCCUUCCUUAAUCCUGGAGCCACAUUUGCUUCCCAAAAUAUUUUAAAUGGAGUUGUGAGGCGAUAUGAGAGUGACAGGAAAUGCAAUGAAACAUGGAAAUACUCUAAUGCCUCAUUACUAUACACUGCAGAAAAGGAAAAAUAUGAAAAUGAUUGAAAAUUGUAAUUAUUUCUUACAAUGAAUGUAAAUGGAAUAGGGUGCCUUUAUUCCUUUGUUCCAGUUGUGGGAUCUUGUUAACCUUGUUGUGUUUUAUUUCAGAUCCCGAGAAGCGCUUGCGUGGUAGCUUUGGUUACUUGGGUUUCUUCACCAUGCUUGGAUGCACUGUGAAGCUGGGACUUCGCUUGCUGGGUUAUUUCUAA